GCCGACUACCUGUCGCUCACUGACCGUCAGCGAAUCAGAUAGACGGAGUUCUGUUUACCUAAUUAAUAUUCAUGAGCACAACGGAUUAAAAACAGAAAUCUUCCACAAACGUCGAUCAGAAAAUUCAUAACUGAGCUCGUUCAUCAUGGAUCUUGCCGCAGCUGUUGGAGAUGAGGAGGUGAAGAAGAAGGAGGGUAAACAAGUGGAAGGAAUCUUUGGAAAGAAGGACAAAGAUAAAGACAAGAGCAAAGACAAGAGUGACUCUAAGCAUAAGGAUAAAGAUAAGCACAAAGAUAAAGAACAUAAAGACAAAGACAAGAAGAAGAAGAAGGAACACAAGAAGAAAGACGGUGGAAAGUCCUCCUCCUCCAGUGAUUCGGACUAAAGCAAGAGUGAAGAUUCAUCUGACACCUCCAGGAACACAAUGAAAAGUUCUUUAUUAUAUGUUUUUAUAAACAGAUGAAUGCAAUAUUAUUUGAUGCAGGAGGGAACAAUAAAUCACAUGAUGGUUUUGAGCUGUAAAACAUCCAGAUGUCCACAAGGUGGCGCCACUUACAUGCAAACGCUUAAUUGUAAUCAAACACUGGAAUACCAGAGACUGAGCUUUGUACUGUGAACAUGCAGUUUUAAUAAUAAAAUCUUGUGUCUGAAU